UUCAGUACUUCAUCAGCGGCUGGAUCAACCGGUCGUCGUUGUCCUCCAAUACCAGCAUCCAGUUUUGUUUUUUGAUCAUCCGCGGCUUUGGUAGCGUUGUCACGUCGCUCGGUUCAUAUCUACUGUGGAAAUAUUCAGCUCAGGAUAUUCUGGAAGGCUAGAAAGAAAUCUCAAGAGGAGCCCGUAGAGACUUUGAUGAAACAAAAGGAAAGGUCUAUAAAGACGCGCUCGUGCUGUUGUUGAAUAAGUGGGUUUCCCUGCGACGAAGCCCCAAACGCUUUGUUCGUGACUAUUUAGCUGCUGCAUAUGUGUGUUGGAACGCCCGCGGUUCUGCCUGAAUGAAUCAUACUUAAAAAUGAAGAAUCCGCGACUACAUAAACUGUUGUGGAACAUGUGCGCUUGUGGAUUGAUUGCCUUCGUGGCGAUGAGUGUUGCACUGCAGCAGCGACCGGAUCCUCCAGUGCGCCAUGAGUUGAGCCGCUUUAACCACGCUACUCGUUUUCAAACAAUCGCCCCAGCAGGAUCGCUUAUCUCUCGCUUCCGACAAGUCAAUGCAGCGCCGGAAUUCGACGUUUUGUCGAAGACUUCGAUCGACACAAGUUUUCCAUCCGAUCCUCACCCAGUUGGCCGACCUCCUAGAUUCGUUCCUCAGGCUAAAGUGAUACGGUUAGCCGUUCUGGCUCCCAACGAUCCCGAACAUCAAUUCUCGCUGUUCAAAAUCCUUCCGGCCAUCCAUCUAGCAGCCAGGACCAUCGAACGGAGUAGCAGUGGCAACAGCAGCGGCCCUUUGUCCGGCUGGCGAAUUCAAAUUGUAAAUCGUGAUUCCAAGUGCUCCUCCAUCUACGGACCACUGGAAGCCAUCGACCUCUACAACAGCAAAUCCAUAGAUGUGUUUUUGGGACCGGUAUGCGAAUACGUCAUUUCUCCGGUAGCCAAAUAUGCGGGCGUAUGGAACAUUCCGCUCCUGACAGCUGCCGCCCAGGCUGACGGUUUCACUCACAAGCAGCCCAACUAUCCGCUCCUGACGCGCAUGAUGGGUUCUUACAGGGAAGUCGGUGCUGUCAUGGUUCAAAUUUUGGCGCGAUUCGACUGGCGAGUGGUGGGCAUGUUGUUCCACAACCACGACGUCGGCAAAGGCGCCGGCAAUUCUCCGUGUCACUUUGCUUUGGCGGCCGUUUACAGCCAGCUGGAGAAGCAGAGACACAAGUCGAUCCACAAAAGUUUCGACGAGACAAAUAGCAGCGUCAACUUCACUCAAUUGCUGCUCCACAUUGGCGAGCGAUCACGAAUCGUGGUCCUGUGCGCCGCACCUCGCAAGAUCAAAGAGAUCAUGCUGGCGGCGGAAGAACUCAACAUGGUGGCUAGCGGCGAAUACGUUUUCUUCAACAUCGAACUGCGCAACAGCAACAACGUGACGCUGAAGCCCUGGUACAACAAGAACGAAACGGAGGAACGGAACCAACGGUCCAAACGAGCCUACGAGGCACUGUUGACCGUGUCGGCGAGGGUCCCGGACACGGAACAAUACCGCGACUUUAGCGACGAAGUUAAACGAAUCGCCCGAGAAGAAUUCAACUACACGUACGACGAGGAUCCAGUCGAUCCCUUCGUGGCAGCCUUUCACGAGGCCGUGCUUCUCUACGCCAUUGCCCUGAACGAGACGCUGGCGGCCGGCGGAGACGUUUCCAACGGAACGGCCAUCACUUCCCGAAUGUGGGGUCGCACGUUUGUUGGAAUCAGCGGCAAUGUCAGCAUGGACGAGAACGGAGACCGCAAUGCCGACUACUCCCUCCUUGACAUGGAUCCAAUAACAGGAAUUUUCCAGGUUGUGGCCAAUUGCUAUGGCGUUUCCAAACAACUUGUGGACGUUCCAGGCCGUCGCAUUCACUGGGCGGGAGACAGAAACGGUCCUCCUCCUGAUACGCCUCCGUGCGGAUUUGAUAAUACGAAAUGCCCCGAUAAUACGAUGCCAAUUUAUGUAAUCGUCACCAUCGUACUCUCGUCGGUCGUCGUAGUCCUCAUCAUCACUUCUGCUUUCAUUUACAGGCACUACAAGGAGGAGGCUGAAAUAGCUUCGAUGACUUGGAAAAUUGCGUGGAACGAAGUCGUCCUCUUCAGCGGAGAUAGGACCGGCCGGUCCAGCGGAGGAGCUGCUGGAGGACCCAGUGGCGUUGGCAAGUUCGGCAGCCGGUUGUCCAUCGGGCGCAACAGCAUACUGAGCAACCUGUCGACCGAGACGACAGGGAACUUCCCGUCCGACAAGCAGCUAUUCAUUCAAAUUGCCAACUACAAAGGCAUGGUUGUGGCCGUCAAAGCAAUCCCAAGAGCAAAAGUGGAACUCAAUCGACCUUUGCUGCUGGAACUGAAGCGGAUGAAAGAUGUGACUCACGAUCAUUUGGUGCGCUUCAUUGGCGCCAGCGUCACAGCUCCUCAUUGUUGCCUCCUCACCGAGUACUGUCCCAGAGGCUCCCUUGAGGACAUCUUGGAGAAUGACCAGAUCCAGUUGGACGCCAUGUUCCGCCGCAGUUUGAUACACGACAUCGCCAAAGCGAUGGCCUACAUUCAUUCGUCGGAAAUCCGCUCUCACGGAAACCUCAAGUCGAGCAACUGCGUGGUGGACAGUCGUUUCGUGCUCAAAGUCACCGAUUUCGGGCUCCAUUCUCUGCGUGUGGCCGCCGCCGGCGACGACGCCAAUGAUGAUCAAAACUCGUACGCCUACUGGAAGCGCAAGUUGUGGACGGCACCCGAACUGCUGCGCAUCGAACGCCCGCCACCGGAGGGAACACCCAAAGGAGAUGUCUAUUCAUUCGCCAUCAUCACUCACGAGAUCCUCGUCCGACACGGACCCUUUUACCUGGCCGACAAUGAUCUUAGUCCCAGAGGUAAA